GAAUUUCACUUCCAGCAUGGACGAGUCCGCUCUGAACAGUCUUCCUCGGACCUCCGACUCUUCCCCCGACCAACUCUUCCACUCUGACCCGCUCUACGGCGCUUCUCACCCGGCGAGUUGCGCGCGAAUCCCCCCCACGCGCCUGGACGGUUCUUUUCUAAGCGGCGCGGUGACGCGCGGUGAAGUCUCGGUGUAUAUGAACAGGGGGAGCGGAAGCGGCGGCGCUGCUCCGCCGCACUCGGAGUGCAGGAUGGUGGAAGUUCACGGCGUGAAAGUAGCGUCGUUUACGGUCAACGGCGUGGAGCUCAUCUGCCUCCCGCAGGUGUUCGAGCUGUUCCUGAAGCACCUGGUAGGGGGGCUUCACACCGUCUACACCAAACUGAAGCGGCUGCACAUCAGUCCGGUGGUCUGCACCGUGGAGCAGGUGCGAGUUCUGCGGGGGCUCGGAGCCAUUCAGCCCGGAGUCAACCGCUGCAAACUCAUCACCAGAGCCGACUUCAGCGCUCUGUACCGGGACUGCACCAACGCCAGCUCUCGUCCCGGUCGCCCUCCUAAACGGACCUUGGGCGUGGCCACGCUGACCGACAGCUCCAGACUCCUCCCACACAGCGUGCUAAGCCCCGCCCUCCUGUCGCCGUCAGGCCUGAUGGUCGAAGCCAUGAAGCUUCAAAAGAUCAGGAUGAUGAUGGGUUUCCAUGGCAACAGGGAUCUGCACCACAAUGGUCCGGAGUCAGAGAACGAUGAGACAGGAGGGAGCGAGGCGUCCUGGGACAGAGAACAGCACCUGCUCGGCCCGUCGUCCUCAGUUGUGGCGCCUCCCGCAGCUCUGUCUCACAUGAUCAAGCAACCCAUGUCGCUGCUCGCUAACCGGUUGGCUGACUUCCCUUUCAUGGUCAUGCCCCACUCCUUCUUUCCUGUCGGCCUGCCCCCUGCUGGUGUGGCCGUGGCAAUGAACCAGAUGAGUCAGCUGAGCGGUUUGACCAACAUGGCCGCCGUGAUGCAGCGCGAGGACGAAAAGGAUCUUCAGUCGGACUGCCCUUCCCCCCACCAGCUGGAGCUCCACCACCCCGACUCUACCAGCCAUUCUCCGUCAAAGAUGUCGUCGCCACCGUCAUCGUCGUCCUCGCCAGCGCACACGCUGGAUCACGAUGGUGCAGAUCAAGAGAACAUCAAAAAAGCAGAGAAGGAUGUUCAAAGGUUCUGCCAGCUUCUCAAACCAGCUGGUGGGAGGCUUCCCAUCACCUCCCUUCUAUCAUCCGCCAACCGCCCCACCUCCACCAUGGACCCGUCCUUGCUGUCCGAGGGUUUGUCGUCCAUGGAAACGUUACUGAAUAACGUGCAGGGUCUCCUGCAGGUGGCGGUGGAGACGGUUCGCUCCCAGGACAAGAGCAGCAAGCAGGAGAGGAAAGAGUUGAAGGUGGAGCUGGAGCGAGCGAGAGACGCCCGGGAGGCGCUGCAGAGACGGCUGACCACAGAGAUACACACGCGAGGUGAUGAGAUCAGCCGCAUGGAAGAAGCGCGUCUAACAUUUGACCCCAAUCUCCAGUGUCAACACAGCGGAGGCUCAAGAAAGUUAAACGAGCUUCGAGGAGGCUGCAGGAGGCGCUGGACCUGGGGUCGAAAAAUCGCGAGCGAGCGAUCGAACACUUUCACUUCCUGUCAGAUGGAGCAACACCAGACAGCGAGCUGGAGAACAUCCGACAGGAGAGCUCCGCCCCUCCAGAGAAACGAGCGUUCACCAACCUCCACCUCUUCUGAUGUUUUGUCGUCGUCUACCAUCGAGCAAAGCAAACCGUGACCGGCUUUAUGGGUCGCCGUGUGCAGACUGCUGGCCACGCCCACUUCCUCCAAGGAAAUCAAGCGUAUUCAAUUACCGCUGUUGAUCUCAUUAGCGUGUCUUGGUCAUUAAAUCCGCUCAGAUAUCAAACGGAGAAUGUUUGUUUGAGCUAAUUAUAGAAACAAGUUGACAAGUUAAUGAAUCCCCCAAAAGCAUCAACACCUAAAAGUGUUUAUCCGCUGGACUGAGGCGAGUCAGGUAAUUAGAGAGAGUGUGUGUGAGUGUGUGAGGACGGGGACGUCAGGACUGAUAAACAACUGCACCAGGAGGAUUUCUAAUAAGAUGUAACGAGGCCCUGGAGCCCCACCCACUUAUUCAAAUUUCAACAUGAAAGGAGAAACUUUGAACAUUUACAUGUUGUUGUGAACGUUUGACUAGUUCCGCGUUUCACUUUGUCAUGACCUAAACUAAAGUUAUGGCAAGUGUUUCACCUAUCAUUCAUUGUUGAUCACUGUGAAGUCUGUUUAAUUCAGUGAGUCACUCCAGUCUGGAAAAAUAAAUGGGGCAGACAUUUCCAUCUAUGCCGCUUGAUAUUUUAAGGAGGAUCACAGUAAAAUGUAUGAAUGUUAUAAAUACAUUCACAAGAGACAUACCCAGGACGUGAACCAGCAAUCUUGUGACACACAGGGAUGUGCUUUAACCGCUAUACUGCCGCUAAGUCACGUGACCAGCUUCAGGUGAGCCUCACAGACGACCAACAUGCUCUUUCACAUGCACCAGCAGCCACACACACACAGUUCUCAGCGACUCUUCUUUAAUGUUGCCCUCUUUACAGGCGGAAAUUACAAGAACUCGAACGUCCCACAAAAAUGUGUUGUAAAUUUCGGACACGAUCACUAAACUAACACUCAACUAUCAUCUCACAGGAUUCAGUGACUCUACUGUACAUGACAAAAUAAUAAGGUCUUCUUCAUGCUUUUGAUGGUUCAAUAUUUAGGCCGUUUCACGUCGACCCUGGAGGAAAAAAAAUAUGUUCCAUGUUUUCAGUCUGAAUUAUGAUAUUUGAGUUUAUUAUGUAACUCACCCAUCCGCCUCCAUCUUCUUCCUCUUCUCGAUGAUCUGAAAAGCAAGUUGAUGUUUUCAAAACAGUGUGUGAGAGUUGUGCUCUGCAAUAGUUUCUACACAAUUGUUUUCCCAUUAGGGUUUAAAGCCUGGAAGUAUUUCAAUGUUUCCAUUCAUUUCCACAUCUGUCAACCUUUGAUCUCAUAAUAAACU